AUGAAUGCCUGGCUUGCCGACGCCUCAAAUAUGCCUGGCCAGGAUAAUGGCGCUUUCCAUCCAUCCACAAUAGAUCCAUCCACGGCUUUUCUCCACGGUUCCCCAACUCCUCAGGAUCCAUCUCAAUUCCAACGCAUGUUCAAUGGCGUGCCGCGCAACGCAUCCCCGGGUUUCCACAACCCGAACCAAGUGAUUCCAUCCAAGCGGACACGACCGGAAGAUGGUAUGCCUAUGUCACCAAGGCCAGCCCCAGGCGGCGUGACGGGGUCACGUUCUCAGACCCCUCAAUAUCCUGGAUAUCAGGGAUCGGCCAAUGGCAAUGCACAAUUUCAACAACACCCCACCCCUUACCAGCAUCUCCAGCAAGCGUCUCCCAAUGUCACACAGUCGCCUAUUAUGCAAGAUUUCGAUCAGCAAAGCGUUCGUAUGGGAACGGCUUCCCCGAGCCCCUUCUCGCCCGCUGGCCCACACCCUGGCCCUCACAUGUCACCAUCACAAUCAGACCAUGGCAGCCGUGUAAAUACACCUCAAAAUCCCAACUUUAUGCAGGCACAGCAGUUUGGUGGUAUGUCGCAAGGACCUGGAAUGACCUCAGCUGCUGCUCAGUCUUCGAUGCAAGCGCAGUUUGGUGGCAUGCCGCAAAUACCUCCGGGUUAUCAACAAGCGCUAGCGAAUCAGCAGCAGCGCUUGCAUGCCAUGCAACAGCAGCAGCAGACGCGGAUGAAUCCCAACCCUCCUAUGGGGCGGCAAGUUCCAGGUGGUAUAAACCCGAUGGCCAAUUCCCAGCAACAGCACAUGGGACAACUCCGACAAAUGCAGCCAAACAUGCAAUCAAACAUGCCAAAACCUAACAACCCAGAAGGUUUCCUGCGAUCAUUGCAGAAAUUCAUGAUGAGCCAAAACCUCCCCUUGGACCCCAAUCCUACUGUCAGUGGCCGCCCAAUCAACCUUGUUCAGCUCUAUGGCACGGUGAUGAAGAUGGGAGGAUCGAAAAAGAUAACGGCAACAAACAUGUGGCCAGCAGUCGCGCAUCAGCUGCAGUUCCCCCAGAUGCAAUAUCCGAUGGCCGCCCAAGAGUUUCAAGCCCACCACGCAAGGAACCUGGGUCCUUACGAACAAGCUUUCAUCAGCUCUCAGCAAAAGUCAGCGGAGCAGAUGCAGCAACAAGGAGGCAUGCCACGGCAGCCUAGUCAAUUCAAUUCACCUGCGGUGAAACCUAAUACAGGCUUUGAGCAACCGCAGCCAUUAGCCCAAUCCCCUCAGAAUAACACACCAGUCCACAAUAAUACCCCGGGGAACCCAGUGAAUGGCUUUGCCACACCCACGCAUGCACGAAUCCAAAGCAGACCAGCUCAGGCCGGACAUCGGCAAAGUCUUUCGCGACCUUCGCAAACACCAGUUCCACCCACAGAACCUGCGACUGGACAGUUCCCUGUUCCCUCUCCCUCACAACCUGGCAAGGAGGCUACUCCAGGCCCGGGCCAGCCGCAACAACCAGAACCAAAAAUAGAGCAGUUUGUGAAGCGACCUAUUGAGGAAACCUUCAAGCCCAUGGUCUCUAAAGGAAGCCGUUUGCAUGGACCCAUCUCUGUUGAUGAGAUGUACCAAAUUGGCGAGGAUAUCUCAAGGCUAAAGCCAGACGUACCGACAUUUGCGGAAUUAGGCGUGGUGGAUAUCCAUGCGCUGACGAUGGCUCUCAAGUCUGGCAUGACAGCAGAAAUUCGGGUUGCUCUCGACACGCUCACUACCCUCUCCGGGGAGCCCUCCGUUCAAAUAUCUUUGGAGAAUUGUGAUGAUCUGGUAGAGAGCUUGAUCGACUGCGCUGAAGACCAGGCCGAGAUGCUAGCGGAGCACACCGUUGAUGAGACAGAUACAAUGGCUUUGCGUUCGUAUGACCAGGUCACACGGGACUGCCAGGUUGAAAAUACAUCCCUCAGAGAGAUUGCCAAAUUUGGAACCCUCGAGUAUGAACUAGACCGGACCGUGGAUCGACUCAUCUGCAUCACCACUAUUCUGCGAAACUUCUCAUUCAGCGAGACAAAUUUCCCCCCUCUCGGCAUUCCUCCUGUUGCUCAAUUGUUCGCUACCGUGUUCCGCUACAUGGGGACUCGAAAGAACUUCCUGCGCACAAGCCACAACACAUUGGACUUCAUGAAGGAUGCGGUGAUAUUGCUGAGCAACCUGGCACAUGUAGUCCAGAUUCCUGGCAAAGAGGAAGCAUUGUAUUUCUUGACUUUCCUGCUUGCAUUCUCGCCUGAACCUGAGCCCAUCUCGACUUCGGGCAAAGUGAUGUUUACUGCGUUCAACUCCGCCGUUGAUCGAUACACCCCAGCCGCCGUCGAUGGUCUCGCGAAGAUGUUGGCGAGAGACGACCCGAAUCGAACUUACUUCAAAGCCAUCUUCUCUGGCGAUGGGUCUGCACCUCCUCAGCCAGAACUGUUGACCCGCGCCUUUGGUCUUGCAAUCUCGUGUGUACCCGACAAAAAGCCCAUGGCAGUCGUGGAUGCGCGCAAGGUAUUCUUGAUGCAAGGCCUUCUGUCAGCAGAUGUCCUCACCACGUUCGCUGAUGGACCUCUUGCCAAGAUAUGGCUUGAGUCAGUCGAUGGGUUUGCCGUCCACCUCUUACGACUUUCUUGCGCUCUUUGCACAGAACGAAUCCCACAAAUCAACAUGCGCCAAAGAAAUCAAGCCGAGGCAGAUGCUUAUGCCUUCAGUUCGAUCGUCAAUCGUGGUUUAGGAAUCCUCCGUCGGCUCGCAGAAAAGUCAAAGCAAGUCGACAAUACCUCUCCCCUCAACAUCCCGUCAGGAAUCCUUCCCAGAAAAGAGAGCUUGCUGGGUGCAUUGCUCCUCCCUAACAUCGACGGAGGUGUCGUUCGCCAGCUGCUCAGCUAUGCUCGAUUGGCGGAGUAG